GAGCCCUGCAGCGCCGCAUCGAUGCUCCGGGAGCUGCGGAGCUACACUCACGAGUAGUGGAAAGCAUCGCCUCCCCCGUCCGGGGGCUGCCCGCCACGCAUAGGAGCGAUGAAUGGGCUGGCAGCCUGCCUACUGCUCUUGCACGCCACCGCCGCGCAGCAAGGCCUCCAAGUCCUGCACGAUGCCCACUGCGUCGAGGCGAGAGCUAGCUUCCUGGGCGCCCACCUCCAGGAGACGAAUGGCACGGCGCGAGUAGCUCUAGACCUGCAGCUGACGGCGCUCUCGACCUGCGACGAGCGCACAAAAGUCCUCGUCGACGCGUCGGCCGAGGACGCGCUGGCGGACGGCGACGAUGGUUUGGAGGUCUGCGUCUUGUGGGUGUCCAUGACGGGCGCCGAGCGGCGCACGAGCCGGUGCUACGGCGGAGGCCAGCCGGCGCGCGUCGAGUGGGACCUGACGGCCGCGCUGAAGCAGCGCUACCGGCUCGUCGCGUGGCCGGCGCGCGGCGCGUGGCCCGGCGCGUUCGCCGGCGCGUCGCACACGUUGAGCUUCGACGCCGAUUUAGGGGCGGCGGCGUUUCCACCUCCCCAUCUGCUCUUCACGGGAACCGAGCACGGCGCGACGCUCGCCGGGCGGGAGCGGCGCGCCUGCGACGGGAGCCCGCUGCACCUCUACGCCGGCACGCAGCACCGCGACACGGACGAGAACUGGUAUCAUUUUACGUUUGGCAUGCUGCUGCCGCUCGCCGCGCGCCUGAGCGAGCGCGACGACGCCUGCGCGGCCGUCGGACGACGACCGCCUCCGACGGUGCUCUACGUGCGGCGGUGCGGCUUCCGGCGCGCGCUCGUCGAGGCGGUCGGCACGGACGACUUUCGAUUGGUGGAUCUGUCCGGGAAGCCGCCACCUCAAAACAUUUCGCUCGAAGUGCUGCCGCGCAUGGACUACUGGAGCGACCAGGCCCACGCUUUGUUGGAACUCCUGGCGCGCGGCGAGCGGGGCCGCGCCUGGCUGCACGAGCGCUUUGCCGAGCCGACGGCGGGCGCCGCGUGCGUGUUCCAGACGCGGGCCGCGAGGCCGGGCCGGCGGCCGUUCGCCAUCGCGAAUUUCGAGGCGCUCGCCGAGGCCUACGGCUCAACCGGAAAGUGCGAGGUUACGCGCGUCGCGCCGGACCCGACGGGCCUGACGCUCGCCGAACAGAUCCAGGCGCACGCCGAUGCGAGCUUGCUCGUGGCGCCCCACGGUGUCGCCCUGUGCAGAAAUCAAAUUGUCGCGGCGCGUUUGCGUUUCCGCCACGGAAUCAUGACCUCCACGCCAUCGACGCGACGCCGGCUCGAUGGCGUGCCCCUGGGGGUCUCACCACCCGAUUCACUGGUUGAUUUACGCACAGGCGCCGGUCUCGCGCACGCGGCCUGGCUCCCCGAGGGCGCCUGCGUCGUCGAGGUUUUGCCAAAGUCGAAGAGCGCCGACCGCCAGCUCCGCGGCGUCGCGGCCGCGUUCGGGCUCCGGACGGCGCGUAUCUAUCUGGACGACGACGGCGGCGGAGAAGUCGCGCUCGCGGCGCUCGUCGGCGCCGUUGAGGCCUGCGCGGCGCCGCCGAAGCCGGAAUGGCAGCGGUCCGCCGACGCGCACCCGAACGACCUCGGGCGGCUCGUGGUGCCCGACGUAACUUGA